AUGAAGAAAUACGAGCUAGAACCAGCUCACAUGAACGCUGAACAAUCAAUUUAUCGCCAUCCCGAACCGGAGAUCCACAUGUCGGACAUUGACAUUGAGUCAGAUGGAUCGCGUCCCAACGGAUCGCAUGACUAUGGUCAUGAGCAUCAGGUGCAAGGAGGCAAGUGA